GAUAGUGCCGAUGAUAGCACUGCACAGCUAUGAUGCACCCGGACACCACAACGCCAUAACACCCGGACACCAACAACCGGUUCGGGCAACAAAGACAUAAGUGGAAAAUGGCCCGGAGGCUCGAAAUGUAAACAGCACUUCAGCUAAUGUUGACGGUGGUAUUCAGCUGGUAUUCGUCUGAGUGAUCCGAUCGUUGGUACUGAACAUCACGAUGGACUCAUCUGGGCUCAAGGAUACACAAGUCAUCGAAGCAGUAGCAACGAGCAAUGUGUUUGAUGGGACGUCCUUGCCGAUUCUGUCGAGUGCUAAGAUCAAAGACUCUCAGGACUCCCAGAUGAGGAGGCUGAGGGUGCUGGGAUCGCAGGAGGAGAAUCUGCUGGUGGAUUCGUCCUUGGAGGGUGGACGGGUUGAUACACAGCAGCUGUUGGCUCUGGAGCAGACAGUUGAGGCUGUUGAUGACGAUGAUAUUAAGCAGUCUUCGAGUUCCGAUUCGAAGCCGAGUGACGAGGGAACAAGCUCCUCAGCUAUAUUUAAGCAGCUGAAGCUGCCCAAUGCGGAGAGUCCCUGGCUGAAUCGGAUCGCUGAUCCGUUUGAAGACACACCAGCGACUGAUAAGAUAAAGCCAUUGAAGGAGACGCCAAUACACUCGAAGUUCUUGUACGACGAUAAUGAUAACUCUACAACGUCAGUGACACCAGACACCAUAUCUAAGAGAGUGAUAAAUACACCUGGCGACAUUGCCCACAAGGUGUUUGACAGACUUCGACGGAAACAAGCUGAGCCAGAGCUAGAUAUUGACACUCAGCCAGCUGAUGUACCGUCUUUGGCGUAUGACGAUACACAGGACUGUUUGUCCAAUCAGAAUGAGUCCCUGGUUGAUGUGGAUGCUUCCAUUGCAGAAGGUGAUACAGUUGCCGAUUGUGAGGCCAAUUUGACCAACUUGAGUAAUGUUUCACAAGCUGCUUUACAGAUACCAGGGACCGCACCAGAGGAUGACGAGGGUUCUGCUAUGAAUUCUACCUUUAACAAUAGCACUGACGAUAUCAGAGACAACGAAGAGAAUGCCUCUCCAACCCCUAAUAAUAACAAGGACGACAAUAAUAGGAUGUCUUCACCAGUGGUUUCGGAAGAUGAAGAUGGAACUUUCAGCGAUUCUACAAAGGGAAACAAGUCUUCAGGUCACCUGGGAAGCUUUCAAGCUGAGGACAGCUUACAAGUGGUUAGAGCUCGUGAUCAGAUCCACCAUUUGACAAAGAAUGAGUUCUCGAUGAUUGAGACACCUUCGAGGCAAGUACCAGCAAUCAAAGCAAUGGGAUCAUCUACUGUGAGGAAGAGUCAAAAUCCUGAUAUGGUGUUGAACAUAACACAGGAGUUCAGCGAUAUAGACGACGAAAGCAAAGUCAACGCUACUGUGGAAGGCGAAGACCCAACUGUUUUGCAACAGCACGAAGAUGAUGAUGAUGAUGAAGUUAUCAAAAGAGGAAGAAAAGGCAGGAAAAGAGCUUUUGUCAGUGUAUCAUCACAGGAGCCAAAAAGGCUCAAGGAUGACCAGAUCUCAAGCUCUGAACUAUCUGCCCUCACAACAAGGAGUGAAACCAAUGAUGAGGACAUCACAAUGGAGUUGAGGAACGUACCUCAAAGCACACUCGAGCAAGAACCACAGUUGUUCCUGAAGGAGUCUGAUAUAGUCUCACAUAAGAGUGUUUGGUCUCUGUACGAGACCUUUUACUACCCUGGGCUCAUCGUGGGCGAGGACUCUUAUGGUACUAAGGUCAAGUUCAACGAUAGGGUUCAAUAUGUUAGUGGUGUCGUACCUUUGGACAUUAGAAUUGGAGACACCAUACAGUACGACGACAAUCUCUACUCUGUUAUGGCACUGCAACGAGUCUCAGCAUCAGAUGAUGUUAUCAGGUGCAUGAGAGGAUACGAUACUGUUGUUGUAGAACAAGUCAGGAAGAAGAGAAUGAAGAACAAGAAUACCUACAAGAAUAAGAAGACUCCACAGGAAUGGAGAUUUGCUAUACAGGACAUCAAGAUGUCUGUUGAGGAAUGGUCAAAAAUGGAUAGAGUCGGCUCUGAACAGGAACUACAAAGACGUCGUGCCACCAGACAACAUAGCAUAUUGGAUCAAGAGGUAUCGCUUACAGUUCCCGAGCAGACAACGGUCAAGUCUGAGCUAUUCGAUGGCUGUAUCUUCGCCCUAACCAACCUUGACGACUCACUGAAGGCUAUGUUGGAAAAGUUGAUACUGGAGAAUGGUGGCUCAUUGGCUCAAGACGGGUUUGCUUCGCUGAUCGAAUACUCUGAAGAGGAGCAACGAUUAGUUGCUAGAAAUGAUCCAUUUGGCUCUAAGACGUUUGCAGCAUUAAUAACCUCAAGGACUAAUAGAUACCCAAAGUUCCUCGAGUCACUAUCACUUGGAUGGCCUGUGUUAAGCUACGAGUAUCUUCAACAUUGCGCUGCGCAGUCGACUCUGUUGACCAAUCUAAGAAGCUAUCUACUCCCCAGUGGUAAAUCUAAGCAUCUCCAUGAUGUUAUGGUGAGUGCAGAUAUAUCACGAUUUAUCAGAAAUUGGGAGAGUGGCUUAACGUUGGUGCAUCAGCUACAAAAUAACUUGAUUUUGGAAGGGAAAUUGGUGUUGAUGACCGAAAUGGAACCAGAGAUAUCUACUUUUGUAUUCAGGGCACUUGGUGCUCGUGUCCGUCAUGUAAAGCUCAUCAAUGACUCAGAUAUAUUGGAUGAGUGCUGUGAUGAAGAGUACGUUUACCUCUACGCUAAAUCUAUGGCAAGAAUACCCAAGAGUAUCAAAUCUUUUGAAGCAAAGAGAAGGUCUUCACAACCCACCAUCAAUGUACAGCAUGUUGAUUGGGAAUGGCUAGUUCAGUGUAUAAUAAGUGGCUAUCCAUGGGAAUCAAGGGUGCUAAGCAUAUGAUGGGAAUGUACAUGGAUGAAUAGUACUUUUGUUAGUCAUAAAUUA